AUUUAGCAACACCCGAUCAAAAUAAUCCAUUCACCAGCUUUCAAAACCGCUGGCUCGGCUAUUUUGGAACACUGCAUUUUAGAAAGAAAAACUGAAAUCCAAUAUUAAAAAUUUAGCUCGAACUUAGGUGCUAUUCGAGUAUUCGUGAAAUAACUCCCUUUGCGUUCUUUCGAGCACACACCAGAAAUCAAACCCACAUCAAUGGGAAGAUGAAAUAUGGAUUCAUUCCCAGAUUCAGUGCUUCCUUUAGCUCAUUAACCCACGUCUUUCAACAACAAAAAUGUACUUACCCACCUGCUGAAAUCAACUAUCUUUUUAACCAAUCAAACACCUCUGCUAUUUCCACUGCUCUGCAGCAUUACAUUAAUUCAGACCACCCUUCUCAUGGCCAGAAGGUUCAUUCCCACAUUCUCAAAACUGGGUUCAGGCCCAAUACUAGUAUAUCAAUCAAACUCCUCAUUGUACAUGUUAAAUCUUCUUGUUUAUUGUAUGCACGCAAGGUGUUUGAUGAAUUGUCUCAACCAACUUUGUCGGCAUAUAAUUAUCUGUUAUCGGGUUAUGUGAAAUCUGGGAAUGUUAGUGAAGCGUUUAGUUUGGUUAGGAGACUUUGUUUUUCUGGGGAAUGUCCUGACGGGUUUACGUUUUCGAUGUUAUUGAAGGCUUCCACUAGUGAUAGUGUUUUGGCAAUGCCACGUAGUGUUGGGAGUCAAGUUCAUGCACAAAUUGUGAAAUCGGAUACUGAGGCGGAUGAUGUUCUUUACACUGCGUUGGUUUAUUCGUAUGUGAAGAGUGGGAGAGUUAAUUAUGCGAGGAGAGUGUUUGAUCUGAUGAUGGAAAAGAAUGUUGUUUGUUCGACUUGUAUGAUUUCGGGGUACAUGGAACAAGGGUGUGUGGAAGAAGCUGAAGAAAUAUUUAAAAAGACAGUUGAAAAAGAUGUGGUGGUUUAUAAUGCAAUGAUUGAAGGUUAUAGCAAGUCAGUCGAAACUUCUAAGAGGGCGAUUGAUGUUUUUAUCGACAUGCAACGCAUGGAUUAUAGGCCGACUAUAUCAACUUUCGCGAGCAUUUUUGGUGCGUGUUCUAUAUUGUCAGCGGUUGAAGUUGGUCAACAAGUGCAGGGCCAGCUUACCAAGACUAAGUUUUUCAAUGACAUAAAGAUGGGAAGUGCGCUUUUAGAUAUGUACUCCAAGUGUGGAAGAGUUGAGGAUGCGAGAAGAGUUUUUGACUUUAUGCCUGUAAGAAAUGUUUUCUCGUGGACUUCCAUGAUUGAUGGAUACGGAAAGAAUGGAAAUCCAGCUGAAGCUCUUGAGCUUUUCAGCAUUUUGCAAAGAAGUCAUAGCGUGGAGCCUAAUUAUGUAACUUUCCUCAGUGCACUUUCUGCGUGUGGGCAUGCUGGAUUUGUUGCAAAAGGAAAGCAAAUCUUUGAUAGCAUGAAGACAUACUAUUCAAUGAAACCCAGGAUGGAGCAUUAUGCAUGCAUGGUUGAUCUGUUAGGUCGAGCAGGCAGUCUGAAUCAAGCGUUGGAGUUCAUCAUGGAUAUGCCUGAAACACCUAAUUCUGAUGUUUGGGCAGCUCUGCUUAGCUCUUCUAGACUGCAUGAUGAUGUUGAGAUGGCAAACAUUGCUGCAAACGAACUUUUCAAGUUAGGUUCUGAUAGUCGGCCUGGGGCAUAUAUUGCUUUUUCCAAUACUUUAGCAGCUGCAGAAAGAUGGGACACUGUUAGUGAGAUUAGAGAAGUGAUGAAAGCAAGAGGAAUAUCCAAAAAUACAGGCUUUAGUUGGGUUGGGGCUGAUGGUAAUUUAGAAGGUUUCCAUGCUGGACAGAAGAUGUGAUGAAACAUUUAGUUAGAGGUAAAGAAAACAUUCCAAUCUUAGUUGUUGUAUACUAUCAUUUAUGAGAACUCUCCUCUCUUUUUUUGUCGCUCGA